GAUAAUAACUAUCGGAGAGCUAACAACCAUCGUCUUCUUCGAUCGCAUUGACUUGUCCGUAUAGCUGAUUGUUUAAUGGCGAAUCAAGGAGCAAAGAAGCGGAAGGAUGAGAACGCUCGGCACAUGGCGAAGCUCCGUCGUAUCAUCAUCGCCUGCAAUGUUGUGUACGUGAUAGUGAGGAUGCUGAUUUUCUAUUCGAGCUUUACAUGGAAGCACUGGAUUGGUCUUGUGGUGACGUCGAUAGGUUACGGUCUUCCUUAUAAGUUUCUCGAUGGGAUGGCGAGGCCUAGUGUUAGUGACGAUGGUGAGCUUAUUGAUGGUGGGUUUGACAUGAGCACUGGUGGUAUUUGUGGAUACUUGCACGAUGUGCUCUACAUCACUUGCUUUGUGCAGCUUGCAUCUAUCAUCUCUGGAAAGUUUUGGUACACUUAUCUAGUGAUUCCUGCAUUUGGAGCGUACAAAGCUUCUGGGUUUAUUAAAGGAUUCAUGUCACAAGGUUCAGAGGGAGGUGUGGAGGAUGAGAAAACUCGCAAAAAGAGGGAGAAGAUGGAGAGAAAAGCUUCUAGAGGGCAAGCCGUCAGGACAAGAUCACGAUGAAUUGUGUUUUCAUCAUCUUUUAGCAACAACUUAACUUUGGGAAAAUCUGUCCUCAAAACAUACAAAAUGCAAAUCAACGGGCAACAACACUCACUCUUGUCUUUGCAAAAUCAUUUUGUUGUACCGAUGUAGCCUGUCUUUACACUGUUUGAAUUUAAUGGAUGUUGUUGAUGUUAAGAUUGAAGGUUUUUAGUUAUCCUGAGUAAACUCUCGAAGAUAA